GACCUUCAUCCCCGUUCGCAAAAUCCAAAACUCUCCCAAAGAUAAACAUCUCCCAAGCUUUUCUUUCGCUCCUCCUACUACCUCGCAAUUCCCACAACAUACAGUGGACUUUGGAAAACAGGUCUCUGAACAAUCUUUAACUUUCUACCAACACAAACCGUCGCAUAGACUUUCUUGACAUCAUGUUCACCCCACUACUCAACCCACUACCAUCAGUGACUUGCGGUGACAACCGAGCUUGAUGCGAAUCUGUUCCUACCAAUAAUCCGAGCAGUGCCGCAGACCAUUAGUUAACAAGUCUACAGUAUCACCGUCGACGAAGAAUGCAUCGAGAAGUUCAACGAGAUGAAGCUUCAAAAGAAGAUCAAGUGGAUUGUUUACAAGAUCAACGAUGAAGGCACAAAGGUCGUUGUCGACACUUCCAGCGAGUCGGCAGACUGGGAACCAUUCCGUGAGGUCCUCGUAAACGCAAAGGCACUUAACAAGAACAAAACCCAGGGUAAAGGUCCCAGAUAUGCUGUCUAUGACUUCAACUACGAUUUGGCCAACGGAGAGGGACAAAGAACCAAGCUUACUUUCAUUUCGUGGUCCCCUGAUGAUGCCAGUACCUUCCCUAAAAUGAUGUACGCCUCCACCAAGGAAUCUUUCAAGCGUGCUUUAUCCGGACUUUCGGGCGAUGAACUCCAAGCAAACGAUGAAGCCGACCUCGAAGAGAAUGAGAUGUUGAAGACAGUCAGCAAGGGUACAGCCGCUCUCAAGUAGAUACAAGCGUCAUGGUUUUUGGAAUGAACUUGACAGGAAGGAACAGUAUUUCAUUGGGUGCUUAUUGCAUGCGAUGUUAUGCAUGGGUGUGAAUUUAUUCUUCUGAAGACGGAUUGAUCA